UAUGCCUCGAAAUACACCGAAUCUUCAUUCCGAUUCUUAUAUAUGUGGUUACAUCUCUUCCAUCAAAGAUGAUAGCUUUGAACAUUAUGGCAGUAUUUAAUAAGAAGAAUCACAUACUUUUAAGAAAAUUAAAUUGAAUGAAGAUUUCAGCGCUUUCAACAAGAUGGACAACUCGUAAUACUUGUAAAUAGUUCUAAUUAAUCAUUCUAAGAUAAAUACGGAAGGAAGUGUUUUUGAAGUAGGAAAUAUGA